AUGCGGUCUUCAACUCUCGCCUUGAAGGCGACUACCCUUCUACUCUUUGCUGCUUAUGCCAAUGCCUUUUGGCGCAUGCCGUGUGUUGUCUCUGGUCUUGCGCGAAUUGAUCCUCUCAAAUACUACGGAACUAUCUCUGAGCAUAUGCAUGCCAUCCAUGGCUCCUCCGGCUUCUCAGACUCAGCAGGUACAACGGAACUCCUGGCUGGGGAAUGUACAUCGUGUCAGGUUACCCAAGACAAGUCGGCAUAUUGGACCCCAGCUCUAUACUUCCAGAAUUCGGCCACCAGCGAGUUCUCUCUAGUCAAUCAAGUUGGAGGCAUGCUUGCGUAUUAUCUACUUCGCCCAAAUGCCGGAUCGCCCAACGUCACUGCCUUUCCACACGGAUUCGAGAUGAUCGCUGGCGACACCAAUCAACGCGAGUUCAACUACCCUGUUCCAGAUGUCGACAAAUCCAACUGGAAUGUCGAGCCUUACAAUACUCAAGAGUUCAAACGUCAAGCCGCCCUUGGAUUCAACUGCCUCGACUACACCAACCCUGCCGCAACAGAAGGCUCUCUAUAUCGCCAUUCCCUACCAGACAAGGCAUAUCUUGAUGCCCACUGCAAGAGCGGUGUUCGAUUUGAACUCAUGUUCCCCAGUUGCUGGAAUGGCAAGUCCACACCAGACGACAAGAAGAGCCAUAUGGCAUACCCGAGUUUGGUAGGGGAAGGUGACUGUCCACCGGAUUUUCCUAUUCGCCUCAAUACGCUGUUCUUCGAGACAAUUUGGGAUACUCAUGCCUUUGCCGGAACCGAUGGGCAAUUCGUUAUCGCAAAUGGUGACCCUACUGGCAACGGCUACCACGGCGACUUCAUCAUGGGCUGGGACGAGCAGUUCCUCCAAGACGCCUCGAACCAAUGCACCGACCUUUCAGGCAAAAUCGAAGACUGCCCUCUCUUCACCAUCCAGCCGUUAGGAGAUUCCACGGCGUGUAAUAUUGCAGAAUCCAACAUCCCCGCCCCAAUCGCCAAGGAACUCGCUGUUGGUGGUGCCACCACUUUACCCGGCAACCCACCCAUCGUAUACACGGGAUAUGCGUCAGACGGAGUAGCAGCCGCACCUUCCAGUUCCUCAGCCCCAGCUCCCGUCUCUAGUGCUCCCGCAGCCAGCACGUCGACGUCGAGUGAGCAGCCCAGUAGCAGUGUGGCAAGUGAUACUCAACAAGCACCCUCUGCUCCAUCCGCUGCAACGAGCAGUGUCGAUCCAUCUCAAAGCGCUACCGAAGCCAGCAGUACCAUCGCCACAACAUCACCCUCUCCAGCAGUCACCCCUGCGCCAGCAAUGCAGAGUUCAGUUUCGACCCAAACCUACUUCAGCACAGAAUACCAGACCAAAGGACAAGAUGUCGUGGAGGUAUUAUGGGUAGAAGAUGUAGUUACCGUGACGGCGACGGCGUUAUCGGCGCGUAAGAGACAUUUGCACAAGCAUCGCCGAGGUGUGUUGUAG